AUGAAGACCCUCCAGCAGACCCCCACACCCCUCUGGGCUCAACCGUCGAUUCUGAAUCUACCUACCGAUCUAUUAAUAGAAUCCGACGACGAGGUCAAUUCCGGCCCAAAAACGAACUCCAGUGCCACGAAUGGGUACACCUACGCCCACCGCCAAAAGCAGCUGCAACGGCACAAGCAGAAACAAAAACAGGCGCAAAGCCGAGCACGCUCUCAGCAACUUCUCAAUGUCCACAGCACACUCAGCCAGUCCACUGCCCACACUUUAGGUGCACUCACCCCCGCUACUACUCACAGGACGCUACACACACCCGCCAGCACUCUGGGUGUAAACUCGCUCGCGACGACCCAGAACCCUCCCCACACACCACACACCACACAACUCGCCUCGAGUCUCCCGUCCACCUUUGCCACGCUGCCUGUCCUGACCCCCGCCGAUACGGUCGCGCGCGAGGUGUAUAUGUGGGCCAUGAAGGUCAACCAGCCUGUGCUCAGUGCCAAGGCACGCGCCAACCUCAUGCGGCUCAGACGCGCAGAUGAGACGGUCUUCAGGCGCAGAGAUGUGUAUGAGACGGUCAUGCGGGCAGCGGAUGACUAUCAGUUCAGCGUACCCUCCAGGCGGGUGCUGCACUCGCUGUUUCCAGUGCAUGAUAUAUACUUCCCCGA